CCCCUGUUUGCUGGUAAACGUGCAGAGCAAAGCAGAAUCGGAAAUUUGUUGAGUUCACAUUUUUAGAAGCAUUUUCUGUUUAUAAUAAGACAACUCAUUUUGCUUCUUCCAGUGAAUCGGUCGGUCGUGUUGUUAUUCCGUGGCGUGGUUUUUUUUUUUUUAAUAUUAGAAAAUAUUUUAAAAUAUAUGUACAUACAGAAAUGCCUUACAUACUAUACGUAUGUAUGUAAGUGUACAAAAAUUAAGACGUGUGCAAAGUGUUUCCACAAAAAAUUUAACAAAUAUGAAAAUAUACUAUUGUGCAUAAAAUAUAUGUACAUAUUUACAAUUAUACAUACCUUUCUUGUGAGAGAGCAUAUAGUUUUUAUUGCUGUUUGUCUAAUUGUCAAUUGCAGUGUAGUGUAAAAUACGCGCGCAUUUAUAUGCUGUCGUUGGUGGCAAAGGUGGUAAAAUGCAUUUCGCUUCUACAUACAUACAUACAUAGCAAUAACCAAACUAAGCUGAAUAAGUAAAUUUUUAAUUGAGUGCAAAGUGUUAAAAUUUUUGAAGAAACAAAUUUGAUGCAAAAUAUUUCUGCUCUAAUAUAAUCGCCACUGGGAAAUUCAUGCAAACAACAAGAAAAGCUUUAAAUCGUUCAUAAUAACUGGAGUCUUGGAGAUGUGCCGCAAUUAAAAUUUUACUACUUGAUUAAAUCAUAAAAAAAAAUUCUUGUAAUUCUGUAAAUUCGUAAAGCAAUUAAGACAUGAUAUAUGUAUGUUUAACAGAAUUAGCCGGUUCUACAUAAAAAUGUAUAAAAUCUAAUGCUACAUGAUUUUAAAUAUAUCGAAUAUCCCGACGUCGUAGGCCGCCGCAUUUCAAAACCAUCUCCAUUUCAUACAGCGCAACAGUGUUUCCUACCACUAAAACUUCCUAACCGCUACUAUGUUAAUCAAUACAAGUUCCAAUGAAGCUGCUGCCCGUUUUCGAGAUGCUGAUGAACCGAGUGAAUUAAACGUGAAAGAUAGUAAAGUGAAAAUUGAUCUAAUUGAACGCUCACAUGAUUGUUGUAGUGUCAGCGAACAGUACCGAAUGGCGAAUAAAAUGAAAGAGACUACUGCUGUGGGUGAACAAUUUCUCUCCGCGCAAAAUGCUUGCUGGUGUCACCUACUACAACAACAAGAACGUCAACUGACGUGCGUAAAUUGCCAAAGAGCAGCGGCUGCUGCUGCAACAGCAACAACAAUGGCGACAAGUACGACGAUGACCACCCGUGUGACGGCACUUGGCAGCACAGAAGGUGUGAUUGAAAGUGAUAAUGAAGUUGGUGAUGGCGAAAGAGAUGAUAAUGAUCGUACAGAUUCAAAUUGUGAUUCCGAUGCAGUUGAUGUAGAUAAUUAUACGGAUAAUGAAGAUGGUGCCAGAUCGGCCAAUGAUAGUGAGACGGUACGGAGAAAUGUUUUUAACGAUAACGAAGUGACAACGGUUUUGAAUGGUGCUACUUUUAGUGAAAUAGUGAAAAAUAUUCAUAAUACAAAUAUUUUUAAUAAUAAUAAAAAUGAUAAUGCUAGUGAUACGAACGAUUGCAAAGAAACUUUUGCAAGUGCUGCUGUUAAUAAGGACUAUGCAAAAACUGUUAUUGGUAAUAAUGAAAAUAACAGUAAAUGUAAUAGGGUAGUAAAUAGUGAUUUUAGUCCAAAACUCGCAACUAUAAAUUUAAGCCAAAAUAGUAAUAGUAACAGUAGUGAUAGUAAUUUAAUUGAACGCAGUACAGUAAAUAAAACUAAAAUUCAAGCUACAAAAACAACUGCAUCAGCUAAUGGUGAAGAAGUGUUGGAUGCUAAUACAGACGCACGCGCACAAAGUGACGUUUUCUGCUUGGCGCGUGCGCAACUCCUCAACUUGUGGUUGGCAUUUAUUGCCUUUUGUGAUGCAGUCACCAUUAAACAUGAUGAUCCACGCUUCGCUGCGGCACGGAAACGCGCGGAAGAGGAAAGGUUAAGAAAAGAGCAAGAAAAGAAAACCGCUGAGUCGCAUUCGUUGCACGGCAGUGAUAAAGAUGCAACAACGUCGUCAAAGCCUUCUCGGCACUUAAAGUUAUUAACAAAUCGUAAACUAAUAUUCCUCUUCAUCGUUUGCGUUUUCUUCUCCUGUUUGAAUCGCAUCGAAGGACGUCCGAAUACUUUAGUAGGACAAAAUGCUAUUAUGAGCGGCGAUUCGGCGACUGUGCCGACUGUAGCGCCAGCUAUUGCUGCUACAACGCCAAAAAUUGCAGAGCUGGGCAGUAAUGGGCUAACACCUGCACGUUUAACGGUGGCAGCUAGUGAUAGUGAUGGCAAUAAAGUUGCCUUACAAACAAAUGCCAUUGCACCGGAACCCACGCCAAGCGAUAAGCCGAAGGAAAUCGAUACACAUAGACCACCGAUAAUGAUUUCCGCACAUGACGACGAAGAUCCCUAUGCGCACAGACCGGAGCGUUAUCCACUCUCACAGGUCGAUUUCGAUAGAGUGAAGACGCCAUUCAUAAUCGGUAUUUGGAUAUUAUCGGCGAGUAUAGCCAAAAUUGGCUUUCAUAUGACCCCAAAAUUACAUCUCAUUUUUCCUGAAUCCUGUCUACUGAUCGUAGUGGGUGUUAUUAUUGGUUUUGUACUAUAUUUUUGCACUGAUGUGGCCGUCUCACCGCUCACACCCAAUACAUUCUUCUUUUAUAUGCUACCACCGAUUAUCCUGGACGCUGGCUACUUUAUGCCAAAUCGUCUAUUCUUCGAUAAUUUGGGCACAAUUCUGUUGAUGGCUGGAGUUGGUACGGUUUUCAAUACGGCAACAAUUGGUCUGUCACUUUGGGGUUGCGGUUUAACUGGUCUCUUUGGUCCUGAAGUGCCACGUUUUUUGGAUACUUUCCUAUUUGCAGCGCUCAUUUCUGCUGUUGAUCCAGUAGCUGUUUUAGCGGUUUUCGAAGAGAUUCACGUCAAUGAAGUGCUAUAUAUUGUGGUGUUUGGCGAGUCUUUGUUGAACGAUGCUGUAACGGUUGUUAUGUAUCAUAUGAUGGAAGUAUACAACGAAAUCGGCAUAACUGAAAUUAUAGCUCAAGAUAUUGCUAGUGGCGUAGGUUCAUUCUUCGUUGUGGCCUUUGGUGGUACUGUAAUUGGCAUCAUUUGGGGCUUCCUCACCGGUCUAGUGACACGUUUCACCGAUCAUGUGCGCGUUAUUGAGCCAAUAUUUAUUUUCGUCAUGGCGUAUUUGGCAUAUUUAAAUGCGGAAAUUUUCCACAUGAGCGGCAUUUUAGCUAUAACCUUCUGCGGCAUUACAAUGAAGAAUUACGUUGAAGCGAAUAUAUCACAAAAAUCACAUACAACAAUAAAAUAUGCACUCAAAAUGUUAUCCAGUUCAUCUGAAACAAUUAUAUUCAUGUUCCUUGGUGUAGCAACAGUCAAUAAUAAUCACGUGUGGAAUACUGCCUUUGUGCUGUUGACUAUCACAUUUUGUUCGGUCUAUCGUGUUUUCGGAGUUGUGAUAUUAUCUGCAUUGGCGAAUCGUUUCCGCUUGCACAAGUUGUCACGUGUCGAUCAAUUUGUUAUGUCCUACGGCGGUUUACGUGGUGCGGUCGCCUUCGCAUUGGUCCUAUUGGUUGAUGAACGGAUUGUCAAACAGAAGGAUAUGUAUGUGACGACUACAAUAGCGGUGAUUUAUUUUACCGUUUUCCUGCAAGGCAUCACGAUAAAGCCGCUGGUAAAGAUGCUGAACGUGAAACGUGCCAGUAAAAAGAAGCCAACAAUGAAUGAACGCAUACAUGAACGAUUCAUGGACCAUCUAAUGGCUGGAAUUGAGGAUAUUAUUGGUAAAACUGGCAAUUACAAUGUACGCGAUAAGUUCAAGCGUUUCGAUAAUCGCUUCAUAAGACCACUAGUAAUCCGGGACUUAAAGGGCGCUGAACCGAAAAUUAUUGAAACCUAUUCAAAACUUACGAUGCGUGAUGCUAUGGAAGUAAUGCGUCGCAAUCCAUCUACGAUCGGACAAAUAACGGCCACCGAAUCGAUGAGUGCUCUCUUCAGAAAUUACACCAGUAAUUGUAUUGGUGGAAGGUGGGCACCACCAACUAUUUACACAACAUGUCCAAGCCUCACGAAUCUGGACAAUAGCUGUUCACGCAAUCUAGAUAUGCAUGAGUUGGACUACAAUCCGUCGAAGAAAGAUCUUACAGAUGCGAAAAUACACCAUCUGCUUGCCGAGGAGUUGAAACCAUAUAGAAGGGCUUCAAUGCAAAUGCACCGCCGCCUUAGUUAUAGCCGUCACGCAGUAGAUGACAGAGAUUUGUCUACGCAGGUAAAUUACAAAAUGCAAAUGAACUUCCGACGCAUGUUCAACGAUCGGAAACAUCACAAGCGCAGCAAACGAGGCGCCAACAAGCAACAAGAUGGUGUCAAGCAGAAUCACGUUUCUUUCCACGAUUUCCAACAAAACGGAACAACGAAACAAUUUACGCAUGGAGAAGAAAAUCUGGGCAAAUUGAAUGAAGUAACUGUUGUGAGUGGCGAAGAUUGGGAUGAUGGCCUAACGUUUACGGCGAAAUCUUCACCGGACUCGGAUUUAGCAAAUAAUAAUUCACUUAUAGCGCACAUACAGAAUUUACCCGGUUUUGAUGCUUCGAAAGCGCGCAUUGUACAACAUUAUUCCACACCGAAAAGCGAAAGUGACAGUCCUGAGAAACUACUAACGCCCGACGUGGGCCCGACAGCGGCCGAGUCAAUAUUGCCAUGGCGACGUGAUCGUUCCUACCAGUGCAUUGUUGCUGAAAACCCCAUACCCGAGGAGGAUCACAAUAUUUCACGUGAUUCAGAUGGUGAACGUCGUGUGGCCACACCCACUGCUACCGAGUCGCAGUUGCCAUGGAAGCGACAAGGUGAUGAAGUGUCCGAUGCAGUGCAGCAAAAUGAAUUUCCCGCUUGGGCUUCGAAUAAGGAGUAUUUGGCGUAUAAUUCGCCGAGUGCUACAUUUUUGGGUGGUAUCAAUAAGCCUAAACAGCCUAAGUCUGUCAUAGGUUUAUUCCGGCGCGAGAGCUGCGGUUCGAGAGGCGGCAGCAGUUUGGGUGAUGCCACAGACGGCGCUGGCUCAGCACGCGGCUCAGAUCCUACAUUGGCGAAUGCAUUAAUUAGCGGUCUACCCUUGAUGCCGUUAAUACAGCCACCGCAUGCGAAUCCACGUCUUGACAAACGAUCACAAUCGAUUUCGGUCGCUUCGUCUGGUGGCAAUAGCGGCAUUGGCAUUAAUAUGGGUGAUAUAGCGCACUCCGGCCCAUUCCCGGUUACGGCCAGCCAUAGACGUAAUGUGCGGCGCGGCUCAAUGUUGGAGUUAAGUGGAGACACUAUCCCCGAGGAGACUUACCAACAUGGCCAUUCGAAGUCCUUGUGCGAACCCACCGGCGACGAUUGGGAAAGUGCCGCAUUGGCCACACGCGAACGUACCAUAAGCGGCAGCAGCAACAGCACCGGCCGCGAACCACUGCUACCGAAACUAACACCACGCGCGCAAAUUCGACGUAUGGGCAGCAGCGGUGGUGGUGGCAUGGGUCAUAGCAGUGGUAUCGGCAUCAAUAGCAGCAGUCUAGGCGGCUUACGUAAUCAAGUCACCACCGCAUUACUCUCCACAUCGAAUUCCGAAUAUGAUGAUGAUGAGGAUGAGGAUAUUGAUUUGUACGAUGAUGAGAGUAUUGUUGUAACAACAUUAACUGGCGGCGGCGGCGGCGGCGGCGGCGGCAGCAGUGCUGGUGCACGAAAUCGCAGCGGCAGCAGCGGUAGUGGUGGCGCUGCAAAUGGCAGUAGUAGUGGCGCCAGUAGUAGCAGUAACAGUAAUAAUACCACAACCACAAUACGUCUGACACGCAACAACGAUGAGAGUAUCAUUUGAGAUCGUCGACGUAUGCAGUUAUAGCGACGUCUCUUUGCUAACAAUGGCGGUCGUAGUAGUAGUCAACAGCAGGGUCGACUGAGUCGUUGGGCAUAUAAGUAUGAAAUGUUGCAGUGAAUUCAUUGAAACUGGCAGACGGCUGGGAGGCUAACAUUUGUGGUGGUGCUUGCCCAAAUGAACUAAUACAUAGAAUGUUGCCAACAAUGCCUGCUAAGGGUAAAGUAAAACUUUUUAACUCUAGGCGUUAAGUGUAAAGUGUAAAAAAUAAGAUUUCGAAGGGAAAAGGGUUAGAAAAAUCAAUAGGUAGGUUAGAGAAAGUAUGUUACACCAUCAAGCCAGGACAACGAUUAUUGUAAGAUAUGAUGGUGUUUCUUUUAAAUAUGUAUAUGUAUGUUUAUUAUAUUGAUUUUAUUUUGUUCUUUAGUUUGCUUACUAAAAUUUUUUUAAUUUUUAAAAAUAGUUUCUUAAGUAACUCCAUCAUUUAUAGUAACUAAGUUUUUUUCCAAACUAACAAAGUAAUUUCAAAAUGAAAUUAUUUUAAGUAAGCAGUCAAUAUUAGCUGCAUUUAAUCCUCUUUUUAGCUUUGCAAAAUAAUUAGUUCAAUUCAAACUUUUAAAGCUUUGGCGGUUUUAUCAAAUAAAUCACCAAUAAUCCUGAUAACAGGUUAGGUUACUCUAGCCGGUUGAGGCGCCUUAUAUCUAUUGGGAUUUUGUAAGCAAAAUCUAGGAGCAGAGACAUAGUUUCGAGAAGAAGAUGUGGGUUGGAUUUGAAACGGAUAGCGAUAAUGUCAGUACGAAUUAUUUGUAAAGAUCAGCAUAGUUGCCGCAAAAGCCGAGUGCUUAGUUAGUUUUGGUACGACGAGCAUAAAUAGUUAAAAAAAAAUAAUAAUUUUCGUAAUGAAUUAAUGACACUUAUUGGCCGC